UCAAACAAAUCCCCCAAGUACUUAUUUCGUUUCUCUCUAUAAGCUGCUCCAUUUUACAUAGAUAACCCUAAGCCAAAUCGCGGCUCGUCCCGUUUUCUCAAAAUUCCUAUGGCUGCGAGGAUUCUUGCGAAUUUGCUUGUGAUGGGCUCUGGAAUAAUGGCAAGAGCUCUUUUUCAAGCAUAUCGUCAGGCACUUGCGAAUGCCUCCAAGACUGGAGUUGCUCAAGAAGCAGUGCAGAACAUCAGAAGAUCAAGUAAAAUAACCGAGGCUGAGGCAAGGCAAAUUCUUGGUGUCACAGAGAAUUCUUCAUGGGAAGAGAUCUUGCAGAGGUACAACAACUUGUUUGAGCGGAAUGCCAAUGGAAGUUUUUAUCUUCAGUCAAAGGUUCAUAGAGCCAAAGAAUGUUUAGAGAUGGUUAACGAAACAAAACCGCACGGUACGACAAAUUGAAAAGACAGUAUUCUGGUUUUGAGGAACUCCCCGUGAUUUCCGGGUUUGUUAUAUCGUUGUAUGGUAUUAGACUCACCAAAUCUUGAUACAAAUGAUAAUUUAUUAUUCAUUUACUCGAUAUCACUGGCUGAUUUCCUAUAUAAGUUUAUGAUCAGAAUGUACAAUAUAAGUCGAUUUUGACAUUUCUACGUGUACUCUGGCUUUGUAAGCUUUGGAAGGCCUUGACAGUUGCAUUCAUAUUGCUAAUACCUCUUUCAUUUUUAUUAA